CUGAGACGAAGCUUCGUCCGUCCGAGGGCAAAGAGGCUCGUCGGGUUUGUUGUGACUGUCGGGGCAACAGGAGCGUGUAGAAGCCAAGAAGAGGUUAUCCAAGUCUGAGGUGAUGCUGUGAGGAAGAACGCCAAGUGAUGGAGAUUAGAUCGAGCAGCAGGCGGUCACAGCUCAGAAUGGAUGAGCAGGACAGAGUGAGCCAAGCAUCCAGCGUAGCCACAAUCUCUUACUUUCCUGUCAUGGAGGGAAGUGACGGGAAGGUGCAGACAUUUGGGAAAAGAUGUCAAGCUGCCAAAAGAGACCCCAACUGCCCAGUGGUCAUCAGAGGAUGGCUCAACAAAAAGGAUAGUUCUGGUUUGAAACUCUGGAAGAGAAGAUGGUUCGUCCUCUCUAAUUACUGCCUGUUUUAUUAUAAAGACAGUAGAGAAGAAUCUGUGCUGGGAAGCAUCCCACUCCCAAGCUACAAAAUCCUGUUCUGUACGCCUCGAGAAUGCAAGAACAGAAAAUUCACCUUCAAGGUGGUGCACCAGGGCAUGAGAUCAUAUUAUUUCAGCGCUGAUACUCAGGAGGACAUGUUGGGUUGGGUUCGAGCCCUGAGUCAGUCAGCUACAAUGGAGCCAGACUCCACCAUGAACAGGCGCUGCUCAAGUUAUCAGGAUUUCACACAGAUAGGUGGCAGCAGUGAAUCAGUGGAUGGUCCCAAAUCCCCCUCAGAGGAAGAGAGUCCCUCCCAAAGAAGAAAGCAUGUCAGCAGAACCCUGAGUGAGCCAAGUCAGCUUGCCGGUGGGAGGAUGGGGAGGUCCCACUCAGAGCAGAGGGGGAGGCGGAGUGUGCAUCACAGAAACAGAAGCCCCUCAAACAGAUCUCCAAGCCCUCCUGAUUCAAGCAGAAGAAGAGCAGCUGGUCCGAUCAAGGAGGACGACACUCUGGGUGGUGAAAAUGCAACAACAGAGGCAGAAAUGAUGGGGAUGAGUUCUUUCAGCUCAAGAGGACAGCUGGGUUCUCGGCCUCAUUCACCAGCUGGAAGGGUUGACAUUCGACCCCAUGAUGACCCAGGCGUGCUGCCACAGACUCUGUAUUAUGCACCUGCUUCACCCAGGGUGGAGUUCAAAUCUGCUCCUACUACUCCGGUCACAGAAAGGUGGCAAAGUUUAAGCAAGCCUGCACCUAUUUAUGGCUCUGUCCAUCAACCUUCAAGUGGACGAAGACCUUUGGGGAAGAGCCACUCGACGAGGGCAGACUUCCUGCCACCUUUACCCCCCUCAUCAAGAGCCACACAUGCUCUGCACCCCCCACAACACCAUCGCAGCCAUUUAUCUGUUUGUGUGCUUCCGCCAGCUAUGGCCUCUAAACCUGAACUGAGAGAGCUGCCUGCACUCCGACCUCUUGAAAGUGACGCAGAUGCUGUGCUAACAAGGUUGUGUGGGUGUGACAAGCUGCUACAGUCUCUGUCUGUAGAACUGACUCAGCUACAAAUGGACAAGGACAGUGUCCACUGUGCUUUAGAAAUGUCCAGGCUCCAAAUGGAAGAAUGGAAGAUCCAAGGGCCCCAGGCCUUCGAGGAAGCACUGACCCAGAAGGUUUUGCUCCAAGAGGAGUUGGUUACAAUCCGAGCCAGAAUGUGUGACGUAUCAGUGGAAAUGGAGCGUGUUUGGAGUCAGUAUGAGAGAAUGGAAAGUGAAUUAUCUGUUAUCCGCUCCCACCUUCAGCACAUCUGCAGCUUUGGAAUGCCACAGGAGCAGUCCCAGGCUCAGAGAGAGCUGUGGAUGAUGGAGGACAUCCUUGCUGGACUGAAACUCAACAGAGAUAAUUUCUGCUUCCUGUUGGGACUACAGAGACAUCACAUGUUCCAGUCCUCGGUUCCACACCAUGGAUCCCCUGGUUCUCUCACAGAAAGGCUCCAGAGUGGACUACCAAUGGAUAUGGAACAAGAGCCCCCAGUCCGCCCACCUUUACCCACGGAGCUCCAGGAGAACCACUUUAGUCAGGAUCUGAGCCAUGGCUGGCCAGAGACUCCAUAUGAGGGAAUCUACUGCCAGGCUGAUGAUCCUGUAGACAGAAGAGGAAACAACCAGCCUGACCUCCUUAAUGUGAAGGCACAGAGAGAAACAGCUGAAUCUCAGUCCGGCUCAAAGUGGAUCCCACCAGACAGAACCAACCAGCCAACAAAGAAAAUCAAAACAAAGAUGAGUGAAGAAGAGCAAAUUGAGAGGAUGAAGAGAAAUCAGGAGAGGAUUGCUCAUAAGAAGAAACCUUUGUCAUCUGCUCAGGGACCUCAGAAUCAAAGUUCAGAAACAAGAGAGGAGGCCCCUUUUCCCUUAAGGGUGACACGAGUUGUAACAGCUGUCUUACCGUCCUCGCUUGUGGCUAGAAAAGUUUCUGUUGAGGAUCCUCCACCUGAGCUCGACGCCCCGCUGCCUGAACAGAUCCCACCUGAGACACAGCAACAAUCACCUGAGCUGUGCAGCAAACUGCUCAACAGACCAACCAGGCGGGUGUUUGUGGAGAGCCAAGACUCCAGCCAGUCCUUUGCAGAGCAGGACCAGUCUGGUAAAAAAAUAAGCAGGGAACAGCAUCAAGGAAAAUCCAGGGUCUCCAGGAGGGAGUCACAGUCAGAGGGAAGCAGAGCUGAGGGAACAGAGACUUCAAGCACUCAAGAUCAGGACCCAACGGUUUCAGGAAGAAGUGAAAACUUGGGUGUCAGGGCAGAGGAACAGCCUUCUGUCCCACUAACCCCUGACAUGAACCCUGACCUCAGUCUGAGCCCUGAGCAGCGAGACGCCAAGCUCCGACGAGUUGAACGAAUACGAGCAAGAGUCAUGCGCAGCGCAGUCAGAGAGACUACAGACAAUCAACAUCCACUCAGGGCAAGGAGGAAGGAGGUUUGCCAGGUGCCCAACAACAUGGUUAAAAAACCAAGGUUGAAAGCAGGCAAUGAAAGCUGUCUGGCUAACAGGAGUAGUUCUGCAGAACAUCAGCCUUCUGUUGCAACAUCUCAGGAAUGUGAAGAGAAUCAACAUGUUAGUAAAUUAAAAAGUCAGGUCAAGCUUGAGAGCAGAAUACAGCACAGUGAACAACCAGGGGUUGCCAACAGUAAAAUCAAACGCCCAGCCUCUCCGUAUCAUAUCUCGCCUAUUACCGUUUACCACAAAGAUGGAGGUAAAGGAUUUACAGAUCCUAAUCAUAAUGAGCAGAAGAAGCUUAAAGAUUACGCGGCUGAUGAUGCUGACAAUAAUUUAAAGUCUUCUCAUCUGAGAAUGCAGUGGUUCCUUUCCGCAAACCAGAAUACAAUACAGAUCCCUGCUUCAGAACCAACAUCUGAUGAUGAGCAAGUGGACACCAAUAACCAGGCGCAAUGCCCUGACGAUCUUACCGAUCCCACUGAAUUUUCAUCGGCAGUGAGUGAAAGCCUGAAGAAAAUGAAAGAGAACCAUUCCCUCUUCUAUAAGAUCGCGUGUGACAUCAGUAUUUCAGACUCAGACAUUACAAAGAAUGACGAACAAGCAUCAAGACCAGAAGAUGAAAAGGAGUUGGUCAUUCAUGAAUCAGAGCCAGUCAGGGAUGUUGAGAUGCCAUCAGACCAAAAAACUAAGGAUUUGAAUCAGCAUCUAAUAGUUAAUGACAAAACCCCAAACUUGACAAAUAAAAUGCAGAAGGUUUUGGUUGACCCAGUAUGUGAUCAUAAAGGAGUAACUCCAGAAGAAUCCGAGGACAUAUCCGAGAAAAUUCUAAAAGAUCUCAAUAAAGCUGGUGACCAUAUUGGUCACACACCAGACGAGCAUUCAAAAACAAAAGAACCCUGCUUGAAGAAAAAGUUAGAAAACCUGAAAGAGGAGCAAGAGGGACCAGAAGAACUCAAAAAUGGUGCAAGUUUAAGAAAUGAGACUGAGAAAGAUGAAGACAACAAACUUUCCAUGAGUCCAUCCAAUACUACGUAUGAGAGUGGUGGAGUGGUCCGGAGUGCGUCUUUUGGAAAAUCGCGAGUAACCGUGAUAAGGACGAGUUUAUAGAAACGAGCACGCAGAAGCCGAAUGAGUCGAGUAAGUGAACUUCAGAGGAACAAGAUCGCUGUUAAGUGAUUCCUGGAAAAUGCCAGGAGGUGCUCUAAGAGAUAGUUCAGACUUUUUGAAUUGGAGUUUUAUGGAAAGGUUAUGAACAGUGAUACCUUACCUGCUGUACCAAGUGCUUUGUUAACAGUCUAAAUUUAGAGAAAUGGUUCAGUUUUGACUGAAUGGAUGAUGUAGCUGAUAAUCAGAGUAGAACAAGAACAAAAUGGAUUGCUGCCUUUGUAAAACAACUCCAAUUUUGAAAAGUUCUACCAUAUUUUCCGGCAUAUAAGUCGCUCCGGAGUAUAAGUCACAUCAGCAAAAAAAAAAAAAAAAAAGGCCAAUGAAUAGGUAAAAAACACGUAUAAGUCACAUUUAUUUUGCAUCACUGCUGGCCCGUUUAUUUAGCAUUUAUUUAAUGGUCAAAACAGCUUCAUUUCGCCUGGGCAGUGCGGCACCCUCCAUCCAUCCAUCCAUCCAUCCAUCAUGACCAGAGCCACUAGCUCUCUAGCCUUCUUCCGCCUGCACCAGCUGAGUGAAGUGAGCACACAU